AUGCUGCCGGAUGCCGGCUCCCCAUGGCUCCUGCGCCUGCUCCGUGACGUCCAGCUGGCCCAGUUUUACCGGCCCAUCCUCGAGGAACUUAAUGUGACUCGGCCAGAACAUUUCGACUUCGUGAGGCCGGAGGAUUUGGAUGGCAUUGGCAUGGGCCGGCCUGCCCAGCGCAGGUUGGCCGAAGCUCUCAAGAGGCACCGCUCAGGACCGAAGUCUAAGAACUGGGUCUACAAGAUCCUCGGGGGUCUUACCCCUGAACACAAGGAGACCACUGUACCAGCACAGAGCGUGGCUGGCCUGCCUGAGCUGGAGGUGGGACUGAAGUGUCUCAUCCCGCAGUCGGCUGUGUGCAGAGGGGAGCUGCUGGGCUCGGGCUGCUUCGGUGUGGUGCACCGGGGGUUAUGGACGCUGCCCGGCGGCCAGAGUGUCUCCGUAGCAAUCAAAUCCCUUCGAGUGGGUCCCGAAGGCCCCGUGGGCACGGAGCUGGGGGACUUCCUACGCGAGGUGUCGGUCAUGAUGAACUUGGAGCAUCCUCACGUGCUGCGUCUGCACGGCCUGGUACUGGGCCAGCCCCUGCAGAUGGUGAUGGAGCUGGCACCGCUGGGCUCCCUGCACGCGCGCCUCACGGCUCCGGCCCCGACACCCCUGCUGCCCGUCGCUCUGCUCUGCCUCUUCCUGCGGCAGCUGGCAGCGGCCAUGGCGUACCUGGGGGCCUGCGGGCUAGUGCACCGAGACCUGGCCACGCGCAACCUGCUUCUGGCUUCGCCGCGCACCAUUAAGGUGGCCGAUUUCGGGCUGGUGCGGCCGCUGCGCGGUCCCCGAGGCCGCUACGUCAUGGGCGGGCCACGCCCCAUCCCCUACGCCUGGUGUGCCCCAGAGAGCCUGCGCGAGGGAGCUUUCUCCUCUGCCUCCGACGUGUGGAUGUUUGGGGUGACGCUGUGGGAGAUGUUCUCCGCCGGCGAGGAGCCCUGGGCCGGGGUCCCCCCAUACCUCAUCCUGCAGCGGCUGGAGAAGGACCGAGCUCGGCUGCCCCGGCCUCCUCUCUGCUCCAGGGCGCUCUAUGCACUGGCCUUGCGCUGCUGGGCGCCCCACCCGGCUGACCGGCCCAGCUUUCCCCGCCUGGAAGAGCUGCUCCAAGAGGCCUGGCCUUCUGAGGGACACUGUAUACGGGAUGUCACAGAGCCAGGUGCCCUGCGGAUGGAGCCCGGAGACCCCAUCACCAUCAUCGAGGGCAGCCCCGAUUCCGCCACAUGGAAAGGCCAGAACGGCCGCACCUGCAAGGUGGGCAGCUUCCCUGCUUCGGCAGUGACGCUGGCAGAUGUGGGGGGCCAGGCAGCCCCCCACCCAGUCUACAGAGGCUCCCCUGCCCGGGCUGAGCGACGCCGGGGAGUUCCAGAAGGGGACAGAGAGAAGACGAAGCCUCGGGAUCUGCCUCCACCCCGGGAUCUGCCUCCACCCCGCGGGGGCCAGAGAAGGAAUGCACCCCUGCUGAGGACGAAAGGCAUUUCCAAGAGUCUGGAGUCAGUUCUGUCCCUGGGCCCGUGCCCCACAGGGGGUGGCUCAAGUCCCCCAGAACUUCGACAUGUCAGGGCUGUGCCCCCAGGACUUCCAGCCCUGCCUCCACGCCCACUGGUUACCUCUAGUUCUUCUCAGCCAAGCCAGCCCCUCAGGGAACGGCCCAAAAGAGACCCUCCCCCAAAUCACCGCCUGGCAGGGCCUGGAACAUGUAAAGCUGCAAGCCCAUCUGGAAGCUUCUUGUCUGACCAUGAAUUUCAGAGGAAGAUCGCAGAGGUGGAGCUGGGCGUUCAUGGGGUCACCUACCGGGAGUGCCAAGCAGCUCUAAGAGCCACAGGGGGAGACGUAUCUUCUGCCAUCCAGAACCUCAAGGUCGACCAGCUGUUCAACCUGAGUAGCCGGUCCCGAGCUGACUGUCGCCGCAUACUGGAACACUACCACUGGGACCUGUCGGCCGCCAGCCGCUAUGUCCUGGCCCGUUCCUGAGCUCCGCUUCCUUGGGUGUGGACGCCAGCAUUGGAAAACCUGGACCCCUCUGGGCUUGACCACAUGGGACCAGGCAGAGCUAAGACAGGGGCAGCAGUCUUAACUUGGGGAGGUUCCACCUGCAGGUGCAGGAGGAGUCCAAGGGCACCCAGGAAUGUUC